CAACAAGAACAUUCUCAAAAAAAAAAAAAAAAAAAAGAAUGACUUCACCUUGUUUUCGUCGUUGCUGCCCGAAUCAGUUACUCGGGCAGCCCGGGGACUCGGAGCAAUAUACGACAAGUCAUCAGUCCAGGUACGAUUUCAUCGCAGCAACCGCGCUUUCUCUUCAUCCGAACACGCAAUUUACCAACCAUGAAUCUAUACCAACUCUAGACCAAUCGUUUGAUAACAUGAAACGGGCUUACCCGAACUACCCGGAAACUGACCGGGCUGACCGAAUCCGGGAUCAGGAAUAUUAUCAGCUCACUUUAAUGAACCAUGUUUGUCUUGACUACAACGGUCACGGGCUUUUUUCGUACUCGCAACAGUUACAUUCUAAUGCAACUUUUUUUAACAUUAUAUACAAAUCCGCGAAUUUGUAUUUAGAAAUAACACGAGGCGGUCAAGAGCCCGAAUUCGAAACUAAGAUCAAGGAAAGGAUCUUUAGAUUCAUGAACAUUUCAUCGGAUGAGUACUCUUUGGUGUUCACAGCUAACCAAACAUCUGCAUUCAAAGUGUUGGCGGAUUCUUACCCGUUUCACACGAACCGAAACCUUUUGACCGUGUAUGAUCACCAGAACGAAGCGGUCGAGACCAUGAUGGAAAGCUGUAGGAAAAGAUCGGGCCGGGUUGAUUCGGCUGUGUUUUCGUGGCCCAAUAUGAGAAUUCAGUCCAAGAAGUUACGAAAAUCGAUAGUGAGCAACAACAAGAGCAAGAAGAAGAAGAAAAGGGGAAUUUUCGUGUUCCCGUUGCAAUCGAAGGUUACCGGGUCGAAAUACUCGUAUGUUUGGAUGAGUUUGGCUCAAGAAAAUGGGUGGCAUGUAUGUCUUGAUGCAAAUGCAUUUGGUGCUAAAGAUAUGGAGACAUUGGGUUUGUCGCUUUUUCGGCCCGAUUUCUUAAUAUGUUCUUUUUACAAGGUUUUCGGGGAAAACCCGUCGGGGUUCGGGUGUCUUUUUAUCAAAAAGUCGAGAUCAUCGGUGGUUAAGAACUCGUCUACGGUUACAGGAUUGGUUAACAUCGUUCAAGCGCCCAACCGGCCGUUAUUCCUCGAAGAAUCGACAAGUAUUGACCGAGGGAAAACGGUCUUAUCAUCAUCAUCGUCGUCGUCAUCCUCGUCAUUGUCAUUAUCGAAGCAAGAAAUUUCCGAAAUACAAGAGAUCGGAGAAAUUAAUGAAGAAAAGAAGGAAUCGUCGUUUUUCGAAAUUUGGAAACGAGACGUAGCCGUUGACCUUAAAGAAAAGUCAACGAAAAACGAAGCAAGUAGUAGCGGGGUUAGCUCGGAUGUCGAGUUUCGAGGGUUAGAUCACGCGGAUUCGUUGGGUUUGAUACUGAUAAGUAGUAGGGUGAGGUACUUAGUGAACUGGCUAGUGAAUGCAUUUGGUAGUCUAAAGCACCCGCAUCCGGAAGACGGGGUCCCUUUGGUUAGGAUUUACGGGCCGAAAGUGAGGGUGGAGCGUGGCCCGGUGGUGGCUUUCAACGUGUUCGAUUGGAAAGGUGAGAAGGUCGAGCCGACACUUGUACAGAAGUUGGCAGAUCGACACAAUAUUUCUCUAAGUUACGCGGUUUUAAAACAUGUUAGUUUUGUGGAUAAAAAUAUUGAAGAAAGGGAGAGGAUAGUAGAGGUAAAAAGCAUCGAUCACGAAGGUCAAAAGAGUCCGUUGACCCGAAAGAAAGAGAGGUUUGACCUUGGGAUACCAGUGGUCAUAGCUACAAUUGGUUUUUUGAUAAAUUUUGAGGAUGUUUAUAGGGUGUGGGCGUUUGUGUCACGGUUCUUGGAUGCUGAUUUUGUGGAGAAAGAGCGGUGGAGAUAUAUGGCGAUUAAUCAGACAACCGUUGAAGUGUAGGUUUACGGUUUAAGUUUUAAGAUUAUAUUCAUUUUUUUUUGUUCAUGAGUUUUAAAUUUUAGUUCAUUUGUUAAUAAAAUUUACCAUA